GUUCAAAGGUCAGUUCGAGUCUGAAGAGAAAAUGUGAAAUAAGGAAGUGGAAACGGCUUACAUAGGUUAAGUUUUGAUGACAAUUUUGCUUCGAAAGAGAGGGAGAACCCAGGUGGCUUCUAGAAGAGUGUGUGGGCUGGAAGGCAGGGUGGUUGGUUACUUGGUUGGUUAGUAAGAUGCACAGUAAUUUUGGCAGGCUUUUUAAAGCUGACUGAUGUGAUCCAGUAGUGAGGGCACACGAUUCUUCAGUGAAUGAGAAGGGAUGGGAUCCGAGAAGUAGAAAAGGGGAUGCUCCUAGAUAGCAGCAGGGACAGUUCAUCCACUUUCACAGGAGCGAAGGCAGAGCCUAAGGUCACAAAUGCAGACAGGUUGGUGACUCUCUCGGUGGGAUGAUCAAUGCUCCUGUCAGAUCGUUUCUAUUUUUCUCAGCAUAAAGUUAGGUCAUGAGCUGAGAUAAAGGAGUUUUGUGAUAAAGGAAUAAGAGAGUCAUCUCAGUGAAAAAGGUCCUUUCUUACGUCCCAUCACGUUCCUCAAACCUUAACCUAAGAGGGCAGGGGCCCUGGAUCGCAGGGUCUUUUUUUUUUUUUUUCGCCCAGCGGUACCUUUGGGCCCUGGUGCAGAUCCAACCCCGCGUCCCCUGCGCGCUUCCCACUGUCCGGCUGCACGGGCACGGACGCGGCGUCCGGCCUGUUCAAAAACCGAGAACCCGAUCCAUCUCACUUCCCUGCCUGGCCUUCUCCUGUGGCCCUACCCGGGCGACCGACAGCAGCGCGCGUCGUCGCCUCGGACGCGGGGCGGGUGGGUGGAGUCGGCUGAGCGGCCGCAGCGGCGGCUGCAGCUAGUGGGUCCUUUAGUGGCUCUGGGGCGGGGCUGUGGGGAGGGCGCCGACUGACCGACGGACCCCGCCGGGAUGGGGAGUGUGGCUGCUCCGCCAGGGUCCUGCGGGUGGGAGAGACGCUCCGCGACCACGGGUGUCCGGAGCCCCUCCGUGUUGUGCUAGAGAUGCUCUUCCUCUCGUUUCAUGCAGGCGCCUGGGAAAGCUGGUGCUGCUGCUGCUGCCUGAUUCCAGCCGACAGACCUUGGGCCCGGGAGUGGGGCCGGCGCUGGCGGCUGGAGGUGGCCGACCCGAGAUCCGUGCACGAAACCAGGUUUGAGGCGGCGGUGAAGGUGAUCCAGAGUUUGCCGAAGAAUGGUUCAUUUCAGCCAACAAAUGAAAUGAUGCUCAAAUUCUAUGGCUUCUAUAAGCAGGCAACUGAAGGACCCUGUCCCUGUAAACUUUCAAGGCCUGGAUUCUGGGAUCCUAUUGGAAGAUACAAAUGGGAUGCUUGGAGUUCAUUGGGCGAUAUGACCAAAGAGGAAGCCAUGAUUGCAUAUGUUGAAGAAAUAAAAAAGAUUCUUGAAACUAUGCCUAUGACUGAGAAAGUUGAAGAGUUGUUACAUGUCAUAGGUCCUUUUUAUGAAAUUGUAGAAAACAAAAAGAGUGGCAGAACUUCUGAUUUAACCUCAGUUCACAUGGAGAAAAUCUCUAAAUACUUAGAAGAUCUUGGUAAUGUUCUAACUUCUGCUCCAAAUGCCAAAACUGUUAAUGGUAAAGCUGAAAGCAGUGAUAGUGGAGCUGAGUCUGAGGAAGUAGAGGCCCAAGAAGAAGUGAAAGGAGCAGAACAAAGUGAUAAUGAUAGGAAAAUGAUGAAGAAAUCUGCAGACCAUAAGAAUUUGGAAAUCAUUGUUACUAAUGGCUGUGAUAAAGACAACUCUGCUCAGGAUACACAGAAUGACAUUCAUGCCGGUUUUUCCUUGAAUGGCAGAAGUGCUGAAGAAAUAAAGGCUGUAGAUGAAAACUUGGAGCAAACUGGAAAAGAUGCCGUGUGCAUUCAUCAAGGAAGCCUCCACUCAGCCCCAGUACGGCGCCCCUCGCGUGAGUUCCUGCAGCAAGCGCCCAUUUCUUUAGACAGCUUUACAUCAAACAACGGACUAUUUCGAUAUUACCUGGAUGGUGAUCCCAAUCAGCCCGUGGAAAAUUCUGCUUUUCCUGAAGAAGGAUCUCCUGGAAAUGGCAACAUUGGGGAACUGCAGGUGGUAGCCGUUGAAGGAAAAGGUGAAGUAAAGCAUGGAGGAGAAGAUGGCCGGAGUAACAGCGGAGCACCACACCGUGAGAGACAGGGUGGAGAAAAUGGGGACUGCCCUAACGUCAGAAGAGGGAGAGGGCAUAGACUGCCACACAUGAGCGAAGGACCCAAGGGUCGGCAAGUAGGAAGCGGAGGUGAUGGGGAACGCUGGGGCUCCGACAGAGGGUCAAGAGGCAGCCUCAAUGAACAGAUUGCUCUCGUCCUCCUGCGCCUGCAGGAGGACAUGCAGAACAUCCUUCAGAGACUUCAUAAACUGGAAACACUAACGGCUUCGCAGGCAAAAUCGUCCACAUUACAGACCAGUAAUCAGCCUCCGUCACAGAGACCAUCUUGGUGGCCCUUCGAGAUGUCUCCUGGUGCAUUAAUUUUUGCUAUCAUAUGGCCUUUUAUUGCCCAGUGGUUGGUGCAUUUAUAUUAUCAAAGAAGGAGAAGGUAAUGUAGUUUUAUGAUUGACAAUAGUUUGCAGAGUCUUAUAAUCUAUAGUAGACAGAGCUUUCAAUAGCAGUGAAGAGGAUAGGUCUGUUUUAUAGAUGUAUUGUCAGACUGGCCAUUCUGUACCGAUCCCGAGACUGAACUAUCUUGGAAAUGAUACCUAGUGGAUUUCUAGUACCUGUUAGACUUAAAAAAAUUAAAGUCUGAUGGUUAUUUUGGGCUCUUUGCUAACAUUAAAGGACCACAGACAAUAGGUAGGGAAACAAAUAAUGCCUGCAUGCUCUUUGAACUAGACAUUGACAUUUCAGAAGAUUUUAGCCUGGUGUUGACUAUCUCUAGAAAUAGAGAUUUUUCUAAUUUGAGGGCCAAUAUUCCAGUUUGGGAUGCCAGGAGAUACCUCAAAUAGGCCUGAGAAUAAUAGAUUGGGAUCCUUGAAAGGGCUCUGAGAUUGUCUAGGUUAGGAAUAACCUGAGGCUCAAUCUCUUGGGUUCAUUAAAGCAUUUUUUUUUUAGACACUACGUAAACUGAAUUACUUCACAUGGCUGGGCAUAUAGACCAUCGUUUACCCCACUCAUGGC